AGAUAUAGUUUGCUAAACUAAAUGAGUUAGUUGUCUAAUUAGUUGGAAUUGAUGUCUAUUAAAUUCUACAAUAAAUUAUUUAUUUGGGUUCGAUAGUAUUAAAAUUUUCGUACUAAUAUUAGUAAAUUUUCUGUUUGGAAAAACCAAAAAAUGUUUUAUGUUAUCAAAUAUGAAGUAUAUGAAAUUUUUUGUGAUAAAAAAUAAGUUGAAGACCAAAGAGUCCAAACCUUGAUGGCUAGAUAUGAACAAUUAGAGUUCGAUCAAUUAGUGAACUUUCUAACCACAAUAAUGCACGAGGCUUGACUACAGAAACAUAUUCAUUCUAACCAUUAAUUAAAAAAAAAAUGGUCCAGCCUCUUCCAUUAUUGAGAACUUGUUGAGAGAACCACCAAUAGUGUGGAAGAAAAAGGUUCCCUAAUUUGGGGAAUGACCCACUUAAUUUUACUCUGUCUUGUUUGGUUGUGAGUUGAGUUGAGGGCACAAGGCAAUAAUAACAAACAGAUGCCGAUGCUACUUGCUCCAUCACAAUCUCUCCCACUCACCUCUUUUUCCCCUCUUUCUUUUGGCCGCCCCCCACUCUCUUUUACUUUUGCUUGCUUCAUCUCCCUUUUGUCGUCCAUGGCCAUAAACAUUCAGCCGGCUUGACUGAUAAACACAAGUUAUGGACAUUGGUAAAUUUGUAAUACUAACUAUCAACCAUGAACCAUAAGCAAAAGUUAUAGUGGUCCAGUUCACUCACCAUAAACGAUACUGCAAUCCGUAGAGGUACCCGAAAGAUUUGCAUUGGCGGGAAGAUCACAUUGAAACACAACUGCAGAUUCUGUUCUUUGUACCUAAAAUACGAAGAUGCCAAUUGCCCCUGUGGCUGGUGGGGCAAUCAAAAGUUGGUUAAAGAGUUAAAUGCAAAGUACCAAAGUAAAAAAGAGCAUAUAUCUACCAGUACUACACCAUUAUGCUCCCGGCUCCCCUGUUUCUCUGUAUAUCCAUCUUCAUUGCUACAUUGAACAAAAGGUCACCAAGGAAACUAGCUAGCUAGCUAGCAAGAAAAAGGAAGGACUAAGGAGUCCCUGCAAUCAGUCUCGCCAGUCGUGCCUGUGUAGCCGGGGAAUCAUGAUGUUAACCUCGGCCUUCUCCUCCAACCGCCACCCAUAAUAACACCCAACAUUUAUUAACCAAACCCUAUGUGUCUAAACGCUAGCUAGUCCUCGUAGUUGAAUUGUCGUCGACACACCACUCUGGAUUUCCGAUCUCUCUCCUAUAUAAUAAAGCUGUAUUCUUCUACCCACAAUCAAUUAAUAAAUUGCUCCACCACCACCACCACCACCGUGUUCUCUCAAUAUACUAUACGCCAUAUUAGUGGUAGCAGUAAUGCGGCUGCGGGCUGCUGCCGCUGAGUGAAACCAAGAACCCCGCGUUCCUUUCCCUUCCUUCCUUUUUGUCUCUUUUCAACAAAAUCUCGCUGCAUCUCUGUGGUGGGAUCCAUUUCUCCUAUACAACAAACUACAAACCCACCACCAUUACCAAGAACCAUCCCCACCGACGAUUUCAUUUCCCAUAUCUUUCCCCUCUCCCCUGUUUUCCAUUCCCACCAAAGACCCACACCCCAAAAUCCCACUUCAUUUCCUCUCCAUUAUUAUGGGGAACUGUCUGUUCGGAGGUCUAGGAGACGGCGAGGGAGGAGGAGCGAUUAGGGUCAUAACCUCCACCGGAGCCAUCCUCGAAUUCCACUUGCCGAUAACGGCAGGCUGUCUCGCAGCCGAGUUUCCGGGUCACGCAAUCUUCCCAUCCCACGAUCUCUUCUGGACCCCGCUCUCCCACGACGACCAGCUCCGCCGCGGAAACUCCUACUACCUCCUCCCACUCACGGCGGCGCCCAAUUCCAAAUUACCAUCUGCUGCUAACAGGGGACCGUCAUCGGCGCUGUCCUCCGUGAAAGAAGGCCACGUUAGGUCGAAGAGCUCCCCUUCCUCUCUCGCCGGCCUCACGCCUUACCGGAUGUCGUUGGACUCCAACUACAAACAGCAGCAGCAGCAGCAGGGUGCGCUGAAGAGGUCGUAUACAGAGGCGUUUUCGCUGACCUCCUCUGUUUCCGGUAGGGCCGGCGGCGGCGGAGGGAAGGUUCAGAAUCAGGAGGCGGGGUUCUGGAAAGUGAAGCUGGUGAUUAGCCCGGACCAGCUGCUGCAGAUUCUGUCUCAGGAGGCUUCUACUCACGAUUUGGUCCAUAACGUCAGCGCCGUGGCCAAGUGUGGUGGCAGUAGUGGCUACUCGACGCUGACUUCUAACGCUUGCUCUGCCGCGGUGUCGUCGUCGUCUUCUGCUUCGUCGGUUGUUGGGUUUUCUGAUGACUGGAUCGCUACUGCUGCUACUACUAUGUCUACAGGUACCAGCAGAAAUGGUUCCGCCAAGAAGGAUCAUCAUAGCAUGGUUGACCUUGCAGUUGCUUCUAACUAAUUGCUCUGUAUCAAUUCCGCCUAGAAGAAAACCAUUUUCGUUUUAUGUUUUUGUUGUUGUUUGUUAAAUGUUAAUCAUGAAUACUAGCUAGCAACAGAUAUGUGUAGAUGUUUUAACUUUGUGAUUAGGCCUGCUGGCUGCUGCUGCUUAAUUAUAGUCGAAACUCGAAACCACCUCAUAGUCUUUGAUGUUCCUUAUUGUUUCCGCUUCUCUAAUUUUUGGGAAUUAUUUCUUCCCUUAAUCGGCUCAAUUGUCGUUGGAUUCAGCGGUCCACGCGAGAACCAGUUUCAAGGUAGUCAAAUGAUACCAAGGGAGAGAAGCGGAAACAUUAAUGCUUCAAUUUGGUUUAUAAAUUUACAAACCAGGUCAUUCCCAGUCUUUUUGAGAGCACCACUAGGCACUAGACAAUUAGUAAAUUAACGAACAUGUGCGAGUGCGACAAGCCAUAAUAGGUUUAGGUAGACUGUUAUUCUUUCUAAAACUUAGCCGGGCCGCUCGAAUCCAAUGUCAAGAGAGAAAAGAAGAACGUAGCUGGGCUUAGUGGGCCUAUUUCUGAAAGAUAGGGCUCGACUCUGGUCCUGGGCUUCAAAUGGCGACGUCUAGUAAUCAACUCCAGAAAGCCCUUUUCUCCCGUAAUAAAGGGCCUCUAGGACUAGACCAUGCACGGUUCUUAUCUGAAAUUGGGCCUUCUGAUAGGCCAACCCAACUAUCAAGUAUUGGGCUUUUGGUAGCCUACUAAAUAUGCAAUUAGAAUUCUACUGUAGAAUAAAUACCAUUGGGAGCAUUUGCAUGUCAAGCAACAACAUACAUACAUACGUACGUUCAUGCAAGAAUUAAUUGCGUCAGAAGCCACAAACUGAACGCCCUUGGCUGUUUUCGUUAAUUUUCUUACCAGAGAAUGAUAUGAUAUUUUUCCUUUACUUACAACACAUUGCUUAUCAUGCAAACUUUAUAACACACUACCUAACUUAUAAAUCAAGUAAUCAACAUACAUACGGAUUCCUUCAUGGGCGGAGCCAUGAUGUAUUGACAUUUGGCAAUAUCACGGAAAACGAGUAAAUUUUGAUAAAAAAAAUCAACAGUAUAAUUUAUAGCUGAAAAGUAAAACUGCAACCCCCAUUCAAAUUUUUCCUGCGCAUAGAGUGAUUUUAGGAGUCUGACGUGGCAGCAUGGUUGUCAAACCGGUUUCAUGCCGGCCGGUUCAACCGGUACCGAUCAGCAAACCGGCUGGAAAGGGCCGGUAUUUAACUGUGGUCAAAUCCGGAAAUUCCGGCCGGUUAGACCAGAAACCGGAAUUUUAUGUUACCCAUAUUAUAUCCAAAAAUAAACAUCUUUCAUAGAAUUUGAACCAAGGACCUCUUGUACAUUUUAGUUUAACUUAUACACCAGUAGGCUACAAGCAAUUUUUUUGUAUUUAUUAACCUUUUAUAUGUUAUAUAUCUAAUACUAAAUUUUACACAAAUCA